AAGUCGAGUAUAGGUCUCUGAGGCGAUGCGAAAACAGUCAUUUGUUGUCCGUCCGCCGUAUACCCGGCGUGGUAUAGUGAUCAAAAUAUACAUAUAAGGAUCAACUGGAAAUAAUAUAAUCAGCUGGAAAUAUAUUUGUAGACAUUCUUAAGAAACACAAAUCAUGCGGCGACUAAUUUAUGCAACCUUGUUCCUUAAUGCAAUACUUUACAUAAGAGCAAUAGACAUCUAUGAUGAUGAAGAAUUAGUUACCAUUGAAGAUGAACCUUACAGUGCAGCUAAUAACUUUGAAAACAACGCAAACAAUCCGAGCUUCAGAAACGUGCGAAUACUCUGGCCGUAUCCUUUCAACAACAAAAGCGAUCCUACAAAAGAUAACGAAACGCCUGAAGCAGCGGAUAUGAGACUCCAUUUAUCUAAACUUAAGACUCAGAAUCGGAAAGCACGUUUCGGUUACUGGUCAUACCCCCAAAGUCCGAUAGUUGAUAUGAUGUUGAAAAGCGUAGCGGUAAAUUACUCUCCCACGAAUGCAAACGAUCCCUUUGAUUUUUUGAGGGACUCGUACCCGUUGCCCAAAGGUUUAAAUCAGCCGUUUGAAGAGUAUGAUUAUAUCAUAGUCGGAGCAGGAUCCACCGGGUCAGUUUUAGCAGCUCGUCUAACCGAAGAUAAGCCACGGGCUACUGUGCUUUUGCUGGAAGCUGGACGGCCAGAGAUGUUGCUCUCUGAUGUACCGGCUUUGACGCAAUACCUUCAACAAACGGAUUAUGUUUGGCCCUACACAAUGGAGCACCAACCUGGAGUCUGUUUAGGUAGCGAAGAGCAACGGUGUUAUAUGCCGCGUGGGAAGGCAGUCGGUGGGUCGAGUGUCACUAACAGCAUGGUGUACGCGAGGGGCAGACCUCAAGAUUGGGACCGCAUCGCUGCUGAUGGAAACUAUGGAUGGUCAUACAAUGAUGUUUUGCCGUUCUAUAUAAAAUCUGAGAGAGCCGAGUUGAGAAAAUAUAAGAAUGCGCCCUACCAUGGCCGAGACGGAGAACUUGUUGUUGAAAAUGUUCCCUUCAAAACUGGACUCGUCGAAGCUUUUCUAGCAGCUGGGCGAGACUUUGGGCACCCUACAAUAGAUUAUAACGACCCGGAACAGUUAGGAUUUGGCUACGUCCAAACUGUUUCUUAUAAAGGUCAUCGAUUGAGCGCUGCAAAGGCAUUCCUUCAUCAACACAAACGCCGCAAAAAUUUGCACAUUCUAACAGAAGCAAGAGCUACCAGAGUUUUAAUAGAUAACCAAUCCAAAAAAGCGUAUGCAGUUGAAUAUAUCAAAAAUAAUAUAAAACGCACUGUUCGCUGCAGAAGGGAAAUAGUUCUUUCAGCAGGACCAAUCGGCUCACCUCAAUUACUAAUGCUAUCAGGAAUAGGCCCUCAAGAGCAUUUGCAAACUCUAGGUAUACCCGUUGUUGCAGACAAAAAAGUAGGACGCAGCAUGUAUGACCAUGUUAGCUUCCCUGGUAUUGUUUUUAAGCUAAACAGUUCUAAUGCAAGCCUUUUGGAACCCAAAGUUGCAACUUUGCCUAACUUGAUGCAAUGGUUACAAUUCGGUGAUGGUCUCUUGGCUACACCAGGUGGAGUGGAAGCGAUUGGGUACUUGAAAAGUCCUCUAUCUGAAGAUUCUCUUCCAGAUAUAGAAUUAGCCAGUAUAGGUGGAUCGCUUACUUUAGAUGCAGGUGGUGCGAUUCGAAAAAGUUGGAAAAUUACUGAUAAGACCUAUUUCAAAUCGUUUGGAGCUUUGAGUGGUACCGAUACAUGGCAAGCAAUACCUACACUUUUACAGCCAAAGUCAAAAGGAUUCCUGGAGUUAAGAGAUACGAGUCCAUUUUCUCAUCCAAAAUUAUUUGGCAAUUACCUAAGUGAUCCCAAAGACAUGGCCACUUUAAUUGAAGCAGUUAAAUACAUAACUAGGUUAGGUGAAUCUCAGUCAUUUAGGAAGUAUGAUGCAUCACUAUACUUGCCUCCAUAUCCAACUUGUUCGUCAUAUGGUUUAGGAUCUGAUCAGUACUGGGAAUGUGCUAUAAGAACGAUGAUCGUAUCUGCUCGAGAUCCAACGUCUACGUGCAAAAUGGGACCUCAAAGUGAUCCUGACGCAGUAGUAGAUCCAGAGUUAAGGGUGUAUGGAGUAGAAAGGUUAAGAGUUGCUGAUGCUAGUGUUAUACCUCGACCUCUAACCGGACGAACGAAUGCUGCAGAAAUUAUGAUUGGUGAAAAAUUAGCGAAUUUGAUAAGAAAUACUUGGUCUAACGUGGUAGCAUAAUAUUUAAUUUAAGAAGUAAAGAUAGCCCAUAAUAAACGUUCCUAAGUAAUA